GCUAGGAAAAUUGCUGAGGACGACGGAAUAGAACAAGAAGAAGAAGAAGCAGCUGUAAAAAUAAGAGAGAAUAAUGACGGAGGUUCCGAUGUUGUUCUCUGAUGAAUGAAGAAACAGAGAUCGUAGACCAAAGCGGAUUAUUCAGUUUUGAAGUCAUAACAUUAACAUGGAUGACUCGAGAGAGAAGAAGGAGAUUGAGAGAGAGGAUUUUGAAGAUUUGCAGGUGCCAGAGAUGGAGGAGUUGACUCUAACGAGACUUCCGCCAUGGAAUAAGCAGAUUACACUACGCGGGCUUGUAGCGAGCUUUUUUAUCGGUAUCAUCUAUAGCGUGAUGGUAAUGAAGCUUAACUUAACGACUGGCCUUGUUCCUAACCUCAAUGUCUCUGCUGCCCUUCUCGCCUUCGUAUUCAUCCGGACAUGGACGAAACUGCUUCAGAAAACUGGAAUUGUCUCCACGCCUUUCACAAGGCAAGAGAACACCGUCAUCCAGACAUGCGCCGUAGCAUGUUAUAGCAUUGCUUGUAUUUCAGGUGGUUUUGGGUCGUAUAUGUUGGGAUUGAAUAAGAAGACAUAUGAACAGGCGGGGGUUGAUACAGCAGGAAAUACUCCAGGGAGCUACAAGGAGCCUGGGAUUGGUUGGAUGACUGGUUUUCUAUUCGUGACCAGCUUUGUGGGACUCUUGGCCUUGGUUCCACUUAGAAAGAUCAUGAUAAUAGAUUACAAGUUGACUUAUCCAAGUGGCACAGCUACUGCUGUUCUCAUUAAUGGGUUCCAUACUCCUCAGGGAGAUGACAUGGCGAAGAAGCAAGUUCGUGGGUUUGCAAAGUUCUUUUCGAUCAGCUUCCUCUGGAGUUUCUUCCAGUGGUUCUAUUCUGCUGGAGAGCUCUGUGGAUUCUCACAGUUCCCUACUUUUGGGUUGAAAGCUUGGAAGCAAACGUUCUUUUUUGAUUUCAGUAUGACUUACAUUGGAGCAGGGAUGAUCUGUUCCCAUCUGGUGAACUUAUCUUUGCUUCUGGGUGCUGUAAUCUCAUGGGGGAUUAUGUGGCCACUGAUAAGUGGGCUUAAAGGAGAUUGGUUCCCUGGGAAUUUACCAGAAAGCAGUAUGAAGAGUUUGAAUGGUUACAAGGUCUUCAUCUCCAUUGCUCUCAUCCUAGGGGAUGGGCUCUACAAUUUUGUCAAGAUAUUCAUUUUCACCACCAGAAGUAUCUUUACUGGAUUGAACAAGAGGAACCUUAAAACAGAUAACAAGAAUCAGGCCCUUGAUGAUCCUCAAAGAAAUGACUUGUUCACGAGAGAGCGCAUUCCAGUGUGGCUCGCAUGCACAGGAUAUGCCGCCUUCUCCAUUAUUUCAAUCAUUGUGAUUCCACUAAUGUUCCCCGAGUUAAAGUGGUACUAUGUGGUGGUAGCCUAUAUCCUUGCUCCAUCUUUGGGGUUCUGCAACGCUUAUGGUGCUGGUCUCACUGAUAUGAACAUGGCUUACAACUAUGGGAAAAUGGCCCUUUUUGUGCUUGCAGCCUUGGCUGGGAAAGAUAAUGGUGUAGUUGCUGGGCUUAUUGGAUGUGGCCUAAUUAAAUCAAUUGUCUCCAUUUCCUCUGAUCUGAUGCAUGAUUUCAAAACUAGUCAUCUCACUCUUACUUCCCCUCGCUCGAUGCUUCUGAGUCAGGCUAUUGGAACAGCAAUGGGCUGUGUGGUAGCUCCUCUAACUUUCUUUCUCUUCUACAAGGCCUUUGAUGUGGGCAACCCAAAUGGAGAGUUCAAGGCCCCGUAUGCCAUAAUCUAUCGAAACAUGGCAAUUCUUGGUGUCCAAGGCUUUUCUGCAUUGCCUCACCAUUGCUUGCAGCUCUGUUAUGGUUUUUUUGCAUUUGCGGUUGGGACUAACUUGCUGAGGGAUCUUUCCCCACCAAACAUCGCAAAGUGGGUACCACUACCAAUGGCCAUGGCAGUGCCCUUCCUAGUUGGUGCCUACUUUGCCAUUGAUAUGUGUAUCGGGAGCUUGAUCGUGUUCGUUUGGUACAAGCUUGACAGCAGGAAGGCUACUCUAAUGGUUCCUGCAGUUGCUUCUGGUUUAAUCUGUGGGGAUGGGUUGUGGCUCCUUCCCUCAUCUGUCCUAGCAUUGCUUAAGGUUACUCCUCCCAUCUGCAUGAGAUUUGUUUCUCCAUAGGUAUGAAAAAUAAUCCAAUCCAGAAGAAGGGAACGGAUGAAUGAAGAAAUAAAUAGAGGAACAAUUACAAGAAUGAAGAGCUCUUGAUGCCACAAGAAAUGUGACGAGUU